ACUCUUCCCAAUCAAAAUAUCAAACUCUAAUCUCCAUCUCUCUCUGCAUCUCCGAGCUCCAUCAAUGGCGAUCGACCUUAUAGGCUUCACAAAAAGAGAAGAUCACAUGGCCGUUCAAGAAGCGGCCUCAGCUGGCUUAAAAAGCAUGGAAAAUCUUAUCAGAGUCCUUUCCAGCACUAAUUCCUCCGCCAUCAAAAACCCAGCCCCCGGCCAUCUCGAUUUCAGAGAAGCCACCGAUUUCACCGUCGCCCGCUUUAAGCAGGUAAUCUCAAUCCUAAACAGGACCGGUCACGCUCGGUUCCGCCGCGGCCCACCAUCAAUUCCCCAACCUAAGACUCCCAAAUCGGAUCCGAUCGAAAUCGUUCCGGUCAAGCCCUCUUUCUCCCAUGAGACUACACGAUCUGAGUUCUCAGCCAGUCAGAAAUCGAAGGACUGUUUAACUCUCUCUCCUCCUUUGUCUUCUAAUACUUCGACCUCGUUUAUGUCCUCGAUCACCGGAGAUGACAGCGUCUCGAACGGAAAACUUGGGACUCUUCUCUUUCCUCCGCCGGUUCCAGUUGUUUCCGCCGGAAAACCACCUCUUGCUAGCCGGAAGAGAUGUCACGAUAGUGUUUUCUCCGGCGACGUUACCGGAAAAUCCUCUGUUUCUUGUCACUGCCACAAAAGAAGAAAAAAUAGGUUUAAAAAGUCUAUCAGAGUACCGGUGAUUAGCCCAAAAAUCGCCGAUAUUCCUCAAGACGAGUAUUCAUGGAGAAAAUACGGUCAAAAACAGAUCAAAGGCUCACCUUAUCCACGUGGAUAUUACAAGUGUAGUAGCGUGAAAGAUUGUCCGGCGAGGAAACACGUGGAGCGUGCUAGAGACGAUUCAAACAUGCUAAUCGUCACCUACGAGUGGGAGCACCGUCACCCUAGCACGCCCGUCACGGGACUUGCAUUACAGUCAACUCGGUGAACAAGCCGACGUCGUUUCACCUGUCGUCUACCACAUAACGACGUCGUACGCCCUGCGGUGGAAGAUCGGUCCGUGCCUUGCACGUGAGUCUCUGGUCGUUGCCGACGUAGCGUAACGUAACGUUACAGGAAAGCAAAGUCAAAGCCCCCAAAGUCAACUAUACCGUGUAAAUGAAAACAGAAGCAGCAAGGUGUUUUGUUUUGUUUUGGCUUUUUUGUAUGUAAAAAAAUCUAUUAAAAAAUGGGAAUGGGAAUGGAAUAUAAAUAUUUUGUUGGCAAUCAA